AUGCCUGUCGUUCGACCACCACCUCGAUGUCGCUCUGCGCGACUGAAAGCUUUACAGACACCCUUUCCAAGGGGCAAAAACGCCAUGGAUCCAACACAGGGGCCGGUCACUCGCGGGAGGGGUAGCAAGAGUAGAGGCACACAGCAUCCUGCUGUGGGAGGAGGGUCAGAUCACCCCAAAUUCCAGAUACAGUGGCUAUCUGCACCUUUCCGCACCCAGAAAAAUGAUAGUGACCGUCCCUCGGGCAAAGAUAAACUUUCAGUCUGCGCUGUUAUCGCGAAGUAUGUGUUCAAGAAUGAUGCUGACUAUGUGAAGCAUUAUGCGGACGAGCCUGACAAAUUUCGAGACUCAAUGAAUAGUCACAUCAACGGACUCAGAAGAAAGUAUCACGAGUCCUCUGACAAGUUACACUCAACCGGCGCUGGUAUCAUGCCAGAGGAUGAAGCGCAGAAUUUGCACGCGCAAAUUUUGAAGGAAUUCCCCUGGUAUGAUGAACUCAUCGACAUCAUGGGGGGGAAUCCAGCAAUAUCCCUCAAGACAGUCUCGUCACACCCGGGAGUAGACCACGCAGCAAAAUAUUUCUCCAUCUCACGUACCGCCAGCAGCUCGUAUUCCAACAGUCUGGGCUCUGGGAGCGCUCAGUUUAGCGCCCAGCCUUUCUCUCCUCAGCUUCCUCCCGCUGGCGCUCAGCCAUACUCUCCUCAGCUUCCCCCCUCAGCUUCUCAGCCUUACCCACCCUCUUACCCUCAACCUUACCCGCCCUCUGACCCUCAACCUUACCUGCCCUCUGACCCUCAACCUUACCUGCCCUCUGACCCUCAACCUUACCUGCCCUCGGGCGCUCAACCUUAUCCGCCCUCUAACCCUCAACCUUGCCCACCCUCGGGCGCUCAACCUUAUGCACCCUCGGGCGCUCAGCAUUACCUGCCCUUGGGCGCUCAGCCCCACAGCAGUCAAUAUGUGUUUGGCCAUGCCCCUCAUAGCCAGUACCCACAUCACCACCAGUCUGGCGCGCCCCCCGCACGCUCUCGCAACGACCCCAACUCACUUCUCGAUGACAAUGACGAUGACAUGCCAAAUUAUUUCAGUCCUCUCAAUCACAACGACGACAUGGAUUUUUCAUUCGAAGAUCUACCAAAGCCAACUCCCCCCCCGCGAACUCCGCCGAGGUCUGCACACACUGCAUCCAAACGUCCGGCUCCUCCGUCGUCCCCUUUGCCCCCCAUUACCCCUCCGCCUCAAUCUCAACGAUCUGAAUUCAUGCUGCCGUGCACAUCGCAGACGUCUCACCAGGACAGUCGUGCAUCCUUCGGGAUGUCCGAUCCACAACAGCGCCCUAGCACGGGGUCGGUCAAAGUGUCCUCUCGCCGCUCUUCAGGCUCUUCGCACUCGAAGCCUGCAUUGGUGUCAUCAGCACCUGCAUCAAUGUCAAUGAUGUCACCAGCCAAUUCCACGUCAGCAUCCGCAGGAAAAACGAGGCAGGGGAAGAAGCAGCGGUCUGACCUUCAGAGUCAGGUUGACGCACUCUCUGACGAGAUCAAGAGUGCGCAGUCGGACCAUGUCACUUGGGAUGAACUCAAGAACGAGCGGUACAUGGCCAAGUACAACUUCGUGUGCCAAGUCAAUGAACACAAAUUCCUCAAAGCCGAACAGGCAGAUACUUUCGCCGAAGCUGCCACUGCGCAUCAACGUGCCCUGGAGGCCAAGGAGUCCAAGAUUUGUCUUGAGAAGCAGAGAUGA